AUGAAAAGGCGACAAAAGAGGAAACACCUGGAAAAUGAAGAGUCCCAGGAGACUGCUGAGAAGGGAGGAGGAAUCUCAAAAUCACAAGAGGAUCCCCCUCAGCUAGGAUGCACUGCAGUGGCCCGAGUCUGCCCCCAAGGGUCAGGGGAGGUCUCUUCUGCUUCUGAAUACUUCUCCUGUGUUUCUUCUCCACGCAAGCUCAUCUAUGGUGGAGUCUGGAAGUUGCAUCGAGACAGUCCCCAGCCUAGAGCACCCCUAGCCCAUCUUCAAGAACAAGGGGAGAUAGCUCCCCUGUCACCACGUGUCUCCUUCUCCUCCCCUUCAUCCUACAAGACCUGUGCAACCUCUCUACAUAUGAACAAAGAAAAGAGGGGCAUGAAAAUAUACUACAUGCGGGUACAAAUGAAAAAGGGUGUUGCUGUCUCCUGGGAGGCAGAGAAACCCUCGGAGUCGCUAGAAAAGCAGCCGAGGAUGGAGGAAGUGACCCUUCCUGAGGACGUGUGGGUGGGGACUCCCCCCUCAGACGUGUCCACCAGAAACCUCCUGUCUGACAGCGAGCCCAGCGGGGAGGAGAAAGAGCACGAGGAGAGGGCUGAGUCCGACAGCCCCGUCCCAGGGUCACCUGCCGUCGAGGAGAGACCCCGGGCCAGGACACCCGACUGGCUGGUGACCAUGGAGACUGGCUUCCGGUGCAUGGCCUGCUGCCGGGUCUUCCCCAGCCUGGAGGUCCUGCAGGAACACGUGCAGAAUGGCAUCCGCGAGGGCUUCAGCUGCCACGUCUUUCAUCUCACCAUGGCCCAACUGACAGGCAACGUGGAACCAGAGAACACCCCUGAGGAGGAGGUGGAGGACGAGGAGGAGGACGAGGGCAGGGAGGACGAGGAGCAGAAGGAGAAGGAGAAUGAGGAGCAGCAGCCUGCGGGGGAAGAUGUCAGCUUGAGGAGACCCUGGAGCCAGUGUCCAGGCUGUGUGUUCCAUUCUCCCAAGGACCGGAAGUGA